UCCUACGCAGACUACCUCGCUGUAACUGACACCCCCCCCACACCCCACCCCCGUUUUGGCUGGGAUGCUCGCUGAGGAGCGGUAAUCGUUUGGGCUCCUGGAAGGAGUAGGGCCUGAGGAAUCUGCCAGCACAUAUCCUGAGGUUCCAUCUGCGGAGGGUUGCUACGAGGUCUUCUGUACCUGGUUCAGCUUUUCACCAGGGGAAAAUGCAGAAAUUCUAGGCUCAUUCAAGCUGUUUGAUAAACACGUUGUAUUGUAAUAGUUACGCAGUUCAGGUUUCCUUGCUGCCUACCAGGCAGAAUGGCCCAUAAUUCCUGGAGGUUCUUUCACAUAGGCAGUAUAUCUGGGAAGUAACUGGCUUGUAGGGUCUUUCUCAAAUUUUUAAGUGCUUGUAUGACUAGCUUGAGUCUACCAGGAUAAUAUGUGACAAUAAUUUUAAUUCUUUCUGCAAAAUGCUUUUUGUCGUCUGGUGGUUUAGCAUAUCCAGAGAUUCCAGAGAUUGGGACACAGAUAUAGGGUAAUGAGCUUUCUGCCUACUACCGAUUAAGUUUAUGUUCUCUGGGCAAGAUGGUACAGAGAAGGAGGUCAGAAAAACAAGAUGUAGGGGCUGGGGAUUUAGCUCAGCGGCAUAAGCACCUGCCUUGCAAGCAGGCAGUCCUGAAUUCGAUCGAUCCCCGGUACCGAUAAAAAGUUAAUAAAAAAAAAAAAACAAGAUGUAAAGCAUGCACACAGUUUGGCCCAAUUUAUAAUUUUUAAAACAUUAUAUAUAUAUAUAUAUAUAUAUAUAUAUAUAUAUAUAUAUAUAUUUGCUUUUGUAAACCUGGAAGAAUAACCUAAAACUUGGAAGAGGAACCAAGAUUUGUUAGAUUUGUUCACAUUUUAACCUCCUCUUCCCUCCAGCCCCUAGUCAGACCCCAGAACCACACACCUCCACCCUUACCUUCGAAAUUUCGAACCAUAUGAUUCUGCCCCUAUUAAUAAUGAUGAAAACUAGAAGUAUUUUUUAAAAACAUGCUGAAUAAAAAUAUGGAAAUGAUUGAAUCUCCCUAUGAUAAGGGAGAGUAUUUUCUCCCCAUGGAAACUGGGCAGUCUCUUGGUCUAUUUCUGGUAUGGCAUGAAUGAGCUCCAUAGUGUUUUCUCUUCAUUGAAUCUCAUUUGACACUAUAUUUCUGAGUACCCUGCCAGGUUAAUCUUUUGAGAUGUUUUAUUUUUAUCUGUGAUUUAGAAGUGCAGCCAAGGUCUCUUCCAAUCUGUCCUUGGUGACCAUCCCUCUGAGCUCAGUCUUUGCAGUCUUCUACAAGCUUUGAACCUACACUUAUUCUCUGACCAACUCAUUAAGACUACUCAUUAAGACUACUCAUUGUGGGUUCUUCCGUGAUCUUGCCUCAGAAAGCCUGUCCAGCCCUUCUUCCUUGUCCAAGGAGACCAUGAGUAAUGCCUUACCAUUCUCCUGCCACCUUUUUUCAGAGAAACCACUCUUCAGCUCCUUUCCAGAUCACCUUGAUUGAGCAGUUGGAAAUGCCACCGCCUUCUGACAUUCCCCUCAACUUCAUCAAAACCUGAAGUGGAUAAGUCUUCCCUCCCCUAGGCCAGAGUCUGUUGGCCAAGACACUGCAUCUGAACAGAGUUUGUGCUCCAUCUUGGGUUAGUGAAAGGCUGCCUCCCUGUUACCCUGUUAAAUACCUGGAGCCCUCAGAAGCCUGUGCUGUAGACCUGUAUUUCACAGAGUGCAGGCAGCACUCCUACUGCAAGGUCUGUAGGACACAAUGUAGUGUCUAUCAGGGUGUGCCCUGCUCUUUUGAUUUUUCUGUCCACAUUGGCUGUCUCAUACUUCCUGGAACCUGGCCUCCUUGCCCCUUACUGUCUUCAGCCUUUACACUCAGCUUCUGCCUUGGACUUUUUUCCCCUAAUACCUGUAUGACUCUUCCCUUCCUUUACCAUUGGGUUUCUGUAAGGCCUACCUGUCUACCUUAGUUAAAAUGCCCCUGCUGCCUCUGUCAAAAGCAGUUGCCCCCACUCACUGAUGGAUUUGCUAUGAUCUGUUACUCCAAUGAGCUCCAGAAGAACUAUGGGUUGCUGCUGUGUCCCAUAGUCUACCCAGGACAGAUACCAGCAUAUAGGAAACACUGAAAAAUGCAUAUCUGAUAGAAGAAAUUUGGGCCAAGUGUGGUAGCACACACCUGUAAUCUCAGUACUCCUGGGAUUGAGGGAGGAGGAUAACUGCAAGUUUGAGGCUCACCUAGGCUACAAAGUUGAGUUCAAAGCCAGUGUGUACUACAUAGCAAAACCGUGUCUCAAGAAGACAAAAAAAAAAAAAAAAAAAAAGAAAGAAAAAGAAAUUUGGUCUGUAGGUUGACAGACAUUUUUCACUGGAUUUCUGCCAACAUAUCCUGCUUUGUCUUUACUCCUGAGAGGCACAGACAUUUGUGUCAGACCCCACUCCCUAGUGGGUUACAGGGGAGGGUGGGGCUCAUGAGGGUUCGAGCAGUUAAUACCUCAGUCCAUGUCAGGAGCCCAUGUGCCUUUAGGUAAAAGUAUACCAUCUCCUGCCCAGAGGAGGUGGCCGAGAUUGGAGAGAGCCCAAGUUUAGUGGUCUUCACAGAAUAAAGGAUGUUAUUACCACUGGAUGGAUAGAGUCACCACAGAGGUUGGUAUAGGUGUCGAAAUGAACUUGUGGCAUCAACAUGCAUGGGGAGAUGAGCGAGCACCAGGUUCAGUGGGAGGGCUUUUCAGGAGGGUGGAGACAGGGACACCUGCUUUGGCUCAGACUUUACUUCUUAGGUUGGCAGUACUGGCAAACAGUAUUUGAGUGACUGUAUGUGUGUCCACAAUGUGGCCUGCCCUUGGCUGUUCAACCCUUGAGGGUUUUGUUUCUGUUCAGUAGGUGGUUAUUGUGCGUUCUGCUUCAUAACAUUGUAAGUGUCAGGAGCCAGGAUUGUGAGGCAGACCCACAGCAGGAAGCAGACACUGGGAAGGCUGCUCUCCUAUCAUGAUGGGAUGAGUCCUUAGAGGGUGCCUGUGACCAAGGCACUCACUCCGCCUUCGGAGUCAGCAUCUCACCCUUCUACCUGCAAUCCUGGCUCAUGAUUCUGUGUCUCCAUGGCUGACUCUCUUCCCUUGGAUCCAAGAUCAGGUAACAUAGUACCAGUCCUUGAUACCUAACAAUACCACGCCCCCUGCAAGUCUCAGGCUGCAGGGGCAGAGGACAAAAUUUCUUCCUAGGAGAAUGGAACAAGCCUUUCUGCACACUGAUGUGUGUCCUUGCUGGUCUUCAGGUCCCAGCUAUGCCUAGCCUCAGAAUUUGCCCCAAGGAGGCAGAGAUGGAACUCUCAGCUCUAGGACUAUCCCCUUGGAUCCCUGCAGCACAGUCUUAUGUGAGUGAUACUCCUGUUGUGACCCACCCUAGAUCUCUAAUCUGUGGGCCCCUCAUCUGUGGCAUUGUUGAGCUGGAAAACCCCCACUUUCAGCAGCCAGAUUGUGAUACCAGGACUGAAGACAAAGAGUGUUAUCUGAAGGAAAAUGUUUCUGAGGAUUUGAAAUCACAGGCAGAAAUAGCAGAAAACUUAGAUGAUGUUUCCCAGGUGCCUGAGUUUGGAGGAUUCUGUGAGGACAUAAUAGAAGGGGAGUGGAAGGUCCUUGGAGGUUAGAACCGUACAUCUCUCCAUCAGAAGGGGGCCUUCAAACCAGUGACAGUGCUCCUUCAGGAUCCCUUCAGGGAGAAAGGUCUGUAUUGUCAUAGUUUUGACCGAAGCUUCAUUCUGAUCCCAAGACUGAUGGCCUAUCAGGGAGUCCCUAUGGAAGAGAGAUCACAUCUGUAUGACACGUAUGGCCUUAAUGCCUUCCAUCACACUGAGGACCUAACUGACCAUGAGAGCAUUCCCACAAGUGAAAGCCCAUUCAUAUGUAAUGGAUGUGGAAAAACCUUCAGAGGAAACCUUGACCUUAUUCAGCAUCAGAUAGCCAGCACUGGAGAGAAGUCCUUUAUGUGUAAUGAAUGUGGAAAAGCUUUCCACCAGAACUCAGUUCUUAAAAACCAUCGGCCAUCUCUGGUGAGUGUGAAAGCCUAUCAGUGCAGUGAAUGUGGGAAAGCUUUCCAUGGGUGUGCAGACCUGGCCGGGCAUCAGGUUCAUCACAGCAGUGAGAGGCCUUAUGUGUGUAAUGAAUGUGGGAAAGCCUUCAGCCAGAAUUCAAGCCUUAAAAAGCACCAAAAGUCUCACAUGAGUGAGAAGCCCUAUGAAUGCAGUGAGUGUGGAAAGGCUUUUAGGAGGAGCUCAAACCUUAUCCAACAUCAGAGAAUCCAUUCUGGGGAGAAACCAUACGUGUGUGACAAAUGUGGGAAGGCCUUCCGGCGGAGCUCAAACCUCAUUAAACACCACAGGAUUCACACAGGGGAAAAGCCUUUUGAGUGUGGGGAGUGCAGGAAGGCCUUCAGCCAGAGUGCACACCUCAGAAAGCAUCAGAGGGUUCACACUGGAGAGAAACCCUAUGAAUGUAAUGAUUGUGGCAAACCAUUCAGUCGAGUCUCUAACCUCAUUAAGCAUCACAGGGUUCACACUGGAGAGAAACCUUACAAGUGCAGUGACUGUGGGAAAGCAUUUAGUCAGAGUUCCAGUCUCAUUCAGCAUCAAAGAAUUCACACUGGAGAAAAGCCUCACGUGUGCAACAUAUGUGGAAAGGCCUUUAGUUACAGUUCAGUGCUCAGGAAGCACCAGAUAAUCCACACCGGAGAGAAGCCGUAUGGAUGUAGUGUCUGUGGAAAGGCCUUCAGCCACAGCUCUGCUCUAAUCCAGCAUCAGGGAGUACACACUGGCGACAAGCCAUAUGAGUGCCACGAGUGUGGGAAGACUUUUGGUCGCAGCUCCAACCUCAUCCUUCACCAGCGAGUCCACACUGGAGAGAAACCCUAUGAAUGUACUGAGUGUGGGAAAACCUUCAGCCAGAGCUCAACCCUCAUUCAGCACCAGAGGAUUCAUAACGGUUUGAAACCCCAUGAGUGUAACCAGUGUGGUAAAGCCUUCAACCGGAGCUCAAAUCUUAUUCACCACCAGAAAGUGCACACUGGGGAGAAGCCCUACACAUGUGUUGAGUGUGGUAAAGGCUUCAGCCAAAGCUCACACCUUAUUCAACAUCAGAUAAUCCACACUGGUGAGAGGCCAUACAAAUGCAGCGAGUGUGGAAAAGCCUUCAGUCAGCGUUCAGUCCUAAUUCAGCACCAGAGGAUUCACACUGGGAUAAAGCCCUAUGACUGCACUACUUGUGGGAAAGCUUUUAGCCAGCGGUCAAAGUUGAUUAAACACCAGUUGAUUCAUACAAGGGAGUAGUCUGUGGGCCAGGAGGAAUGAAAUCAAGCCAGGCUCCUUUUAAGACUCCACUGACCCUUAUUUCAGCCUGUCCAGACCUGAAACCCAGGGUCACUCAACCAUCUUCCACACAUUCAACCACCCAACCCUGGAACACUCCUUACAAUCACCCUUCACAGGCUCCCUUCCCCUGCCAUCAACCCACUUCAUGUGCUCUCCUGUGGGUGUUUUUGUUUUGUUUUGUUUUGAGUUUGUGAGCAGGUUACCAUAUUUGUUAGGAGGAAAAGAUUAUGAAGGCUGCAUAUUCGUGAAUUGAGUUCAUUAUUGUGGUUAAAAGUUACCAAAAAGUGACCUUUGGUUGUAGAUAACCACAGUAAUACUUCGGUUUGGCAGUCAGUCAUAGGGAAUAAGUUUUGUAUCAGUGACUGUUGUAGAUGUUUUGUUUUUAUAAAAUCAAGUUGAACAUUUUCAGGUCUGGUUAGUCUGCCAUCCUCCACCGUGGUGAUACACUAAUGCCUCGCCCCUUCUUACUGACUCCUUCAUACAGCUUGCACCCAAGACUUCCCCACUCCCCUGCUUUCCUCUAUGUUUACCUGCAAGCAGAUCAGUUGCCUCCUCAUUGCUCUGUUGUGACUGCAGUCCUGGCCUCCAGUUCUGUCCCUCACUGUGCAGGCCCCCAGAGACAUCUGUGCACCUCAUUUUCUUGCCCAUAUCCUUCCAUGAUGUCUUUUCCGAGAUACAUAUAUCACCAGAUAUUUUUGAAGUACUUCCUUGGGGCUCUGCCCUGGAUCUAGCUCACCAACCUCCAUCCUCAUUUUCCUGGAGUUGUGCCCCUGGCCCCUGAACAGGCAAAAAAAAAAAAAAUGUUUGACAUGUUUCACUAGAGACUUCCAGACCCCAGCUAACAGAUUGCAAUCUAGGAGUAUCACAGGACCUGCAGGCCAAAUCUGGCAGACAUGUCAGUUAAUGUUUGUCAGGAUGCAUCUGUGCCACUGGCUUAAAGAUAUUGAAGGCAGUUUUUGCAUGACACAACUGAAAAGUUAUGAUUGAUACUAUAUAGCCCCCAAAGCCUGAGUCUUUAGAUUCUGCCCCUUUACAGGAGAAGUUUGCUAGCCCAACCUUAGCAUGCUACCCUGCCAACAGAGGUAGCUUUCAGGUCCAGACUUUGCCCAGGCACUUAAAUUCUUACAGGAGUUGAGGUGGAUUUUCUGACCAGGGCCCUAGUUUAUGCUAUGAAAUGGUUGUAUAUGUGCGGUGGAUGCUUCUUGACCAGUUCUUGUAGCCACAUAACAUCCCUGCUUCCUUACUGUUCCCUGAAUACUGUAGGCCCUAUUGGGAAACUUGAGACCUAACUCUGAAAUGAGUUCCUAUUGCAGUCAGUUUUGUGACAAGUGAAUGACAUGGUAUGGGUGGCACCUUGAAACUGUACCUUUGUCUUAGCAGUCUGUUAGGUAUAUUCACAGAUUAUUAGGAUUUCUUACUCUCUAGAACUAAAGAAGUAGGCUUAGGGGCAAGCUUCCACAAAAGAUUCUAGAACAGUCCCUUAUGGUUACCCUUCUCCCAAGCUUCCACAAAAGAUUCUAGAACAGUCCCUUAUGUUACCUUACUCCUUGAGAGCUGCUUUACAUUUGCAGAUUUCACUGCUCUGCUCUGACCCAGGCCAACAGACAGGCGUUGAACUUCCUUCUUUACCCCUGCUUUGACUUAAUGUCUUGUACAUCUGUAUCAGAACCAGAACUAAUGCUUGUUUUCUACUACCAAAAAAGGAAGCAUGAAGUGCACAUUGUGGAUUCUAGGCUGAAAAGGCAGCAGAGAGCUCCCAGGGUGUGUAAAUAGGUUUCGUGAAUUUUUGAGUAGUUAUAAAUGACUGGUUCCCCUGUAACCUGCAUUUUUGUGAUUUUUAAAGUUUUUUUUUAAAUAAUUUGACUCAGAAAAUUUGAAGUACCACAAAGCAUAUCUACCUCCCUCCACUCAGAUUUCCCACUUAAGAUUUCUUUUGUUACUUACUUCUCUCCCUCCCCCCAAUAAAAACAAGUCUUCCCCUGAGACUGAGCUACAGAUGGGGUGCACCUUUCCCCAGAAAGUCAGCAUGUGCCUCCCCAGCAGGAACCUCUUCUUCAGCCACGGGAUCAGUGUGAAAGUCAGAGAAUAAGUGAUGGUCUGCAUGAUCUGUAAGCCUUCCUAACUUGGCACUUGUCCCAGUGAUGCCCAUUUUAGCAAAUAGAAAUGUUUUUCCCUGGUCCAGAAGCCAGCUUUCAAUCACGCAUAUGUAACUGUCAUGAAUAGUUCAGUCUUUGUCUUUAAUAACAUUUUUGAAGCACAUGGGCCAUUUACAUUGUAGAACAUCCUUCCUCUUGGAUUUGUCCGCUGUUUUCUGACAACUGUGGCAGAAGCCAGAAAAGACAUGUUCUUGUGGUACGUGACUUUUUGGGUGGGGAGGGUCUCUUUCAGGUGACGUAACUCUUUAUCAUUCACUUUAUUAUUUGCACUGUGAAGUUACUAUUUCCAAUUUGUGAUUAGGAUUUUCUGGAAAGAGACAGGUAAACAACCUUUUUUCAUCAGUUUUUUUACCCCCAUUUAGAUCUGUCAGUGAUUUGUGCUAAUUCCCACACCAAGGAAAGAGAUUUAUCUUUUCCAUUUAUUUAUUUGUUUAUGCAUAUGGACUCACUUAUUCCUAUAUGUUCAGUGGGGUCCAGUUUGCUACUUUUCUCAUUUAUUGAGAUCCUUAGAUUGUCCCAGGUUUGGCCAUUAGGGGCCAUUCCAGCUAUCCUUGAGUCCUUGUGACAUCCUUCAUUUGUUAGCACUUUGCUUUCUGAGACAGCAAACUUUUCCAAGCUACAUGUUCUUUCCCCCAGCUGUGAAAUCAGUUCUUUUCCCAAGAAGUCCUGGGUUUGGUUUUGGUUUUUUGUGGAGAAGGUUUUGGAAAACAAGACCUGAAUGUUAGGUGUGUAUAUUGUUAACCGAGACUGUAACUUCUGGGCCUUUCAGCAGAGAGUUAGGAAAUAGAUACGUGUAUGCUUACACAUAAACAUCAUCUUGUAGCAACUCCCAUACUUGUCACUAUAAUAAAAAUCACCAAUUCCAGUUCACGCCACAGACCUUGUUCUGCUCUUCCCUCUUCCCAUAUUUGUGACAAUCCAGUCUUUUAUUUAAAAAAUAGAAAUAUGGUUCCUAUUAUGUUCAAUAUAUUUGCAGACUAUUUUUGCUCAGUCCUAGAAUAUACUGAAAGUCUCAGAACUGCUAAUCCAUAAUCACUGUAAAAACAUUGACGCAUCAGUGUGUAUCUACAAAUCUUUGAUUGGUUUGAAUCUAUACAGUGAAAGUACUUGGUCAAGCUGGGUUUGCCUGUGUAGUUGGAAGGCCGAGGCAAAAGGAUCACCAUGAUUUGGAGUCAGCCUGGGCCACCAGAUGAGUUAAAGGCGAGCCUGAACUACAGAGUGAGACUCUGUCUCAAAAAACAAAAAUACUGUUUCCAAAAGAUACUCGUAUCUGGGUUUUGUCUUUUUUCUCUCUCACACUGGGUAAGUUUGUUUCUGUUGUGUUCCACCUUAGUGGUUUUGUAUAUGUUUAUCAGUUUCCCUUCUUAAGGUUCAUGACUCAAUUUUUAAAAUUUCAUUUAUCUAUUUUUGGUACCAGGAAUUGAAUUUAGGACCUCGUGCUUGUGCUGCUGAGCUAAAUCCCUGGCCCAUGACUCAAAUUUUAAAACAUAAAACUUUUUCAAAGGGAGAUUAGGAAAACAGAUAUAGUGAAGUCUUAUUUAUAGAUACAUAAUAUCUUAUAUAUUACAUAUCUAAAAUACAUAAUUGAGGGUGAAACUGGCUGCCCUUAAACUCACUGCAUGACCUCAAACUUAAGAUGACCCUCAACCUCAGCCUCCCAAGUGCUGGGAUAACAGAUAAGUGCCACCACAUCUGGUGACACACUUAACAUCUUAAGGAUAAAAUAUUUUCCCAAAUUAUGUAUAGAUUCAGUAUGGCCUCAAUCAAAAUCUGAAUAGAAAUAGUUUAGGACUUAGUCCAAAUUACCCUAACUAGAAAGUGUCUUAAUGUUUGGUAGCAAAUAAAAACAUACACUCAACUAGCAUUAAGUUAGAUGAGGAAUUUAUUGGAGUACUACAGACAAACCCACUUUAUACCAUUGAGGACAGUGGAGCAUGGACAGGAACAACUUUCCAAGUUCUUUUUCCCCUUUGUCCAUUUCAUUCCUUUUGAAACUACCAGAUAAAUCAUGCAUGGUGGUGCAUGCCCAUAAUCCCAGCACUUGGGAGGGUGGGAACAGAAGAUUGUUGUGAGUUUGAGGCCAGCCUGGGCUACACAGUGAGUUAAAGGCCAGGCUGAAUUACAUAAUGAGAUGCUGAUUUGAUAACAGAAAGGGAAUGAGGAGGGAGAAACAAAGGAAACAGCUACCUGAAAUCUGCUGCCUGCUUCCCAGCCCUCACACAUCAAGGAUGGACGUAACACUGUGACAUAACAGGACUAGCCUCAAAUGUAUCUGCCCAGGACAGCUACUGCUCUUUUGGUUAUCAGCUUAUGGAUCUCUGCAGGCUAAAGUCAGGGGUUAAAAUCACGGGUUUCUUUUGGAGCUAGUCAAGUUUGAGGUGUCUAAGAAUUCAACUGAUUGUUAACAGCCCUGCACCUCAAGAAAAGUUUGGGGAUAGAGAUGCAAGCCUGAGAGUCACUGGUAUACUUUUAAAUAGGUUGGGUGUGUUGCUUAGUGGUAGAGCACUUCCUUAAAGUACAUGAGUCCUUGUUGGAUUCUCAGCAACUCCAAAAUAAUACAUAAAAUGGGAUAUGGAUCCCCAGGAAAAUAUGAGAUAAUUAAAGAGAGAAUGAGGAAGGGACCUCAGACAGGCCCAAGUCUCACCAGCACUGAGCAUUCAGUAGUGGGGGAGGAAGAGAAGCAACAAGGCACCCAUGGAAAAGGGACCUGGGUAGACAGGAGGAGGGGCAACUGCAUUACACCCUGUGCAGAAGGAAGUUUUCCUGCAAAAGAGAAGUGAGAGAACUACAGAGACGCCCGCUGCAUGAAAUCUGGGGCAGGAGCCCGGUGGGGAGGGUCUCUCUAGUCCAGGCAGGCAGGGAUAAUGGGGAGCUGGGAGAGGUGGAGGGAAGAACGAGAAAUGAAAUCCUUCCUCCACAAAUAGAGAUAAUGGUGUUGAAUAUAAAGAGGCACUCUGUGAUGUACCAGAAAAAAUGGGCAAAUAUAGGUAGACAUGUAGAUACAGUAGGAAAGGGAGGGCCUUUCAGGACAGCUUUCAGCUCCUAUGUUUUCAAAUUUUGGGGAGGCAAGAUUAUCUGUUGCAGAAGAAAA